UACGCACCCGGGUCGAUGAAACUGUGCCCGCGUAUCCGCCAUCUUGGCUCCGGCCGGCCGUUGGUUCGGCUCUGCUUAGCGGAGCCCAAAUGGCGCCAGUUUCCUAACCGCCUCUCCGCUGUUGUAACCCUUCGGCGCUGCGAAACAUCACCACCCACCCCCGCUCCCAACAUGGCAGCAGCAGCCGCAGUGGAAGAGGAGUUUGAAGACGCGCCCGACGUGGAGCCGCUGGAACCCACUCUGAAAAACAUCGUCGAGCAGAAAUCGUUGAAAUGGAUAUUUGUCGGAGGGAAAGGCGGCGUGGGCAAAACGACUUGCAGUUGCAGCCUGGCUGUCCAGCUGGCGUCGGUGAGAGAGAGCGUGCUCAUUAUCUCUACAGACCCCGCCCACAACAUCUCCGACGCCUUCGACCAGAAGUUCUCCAAGGUGCCCACCAAGGUCAAAGGUUACGACAACCUGUUUGCCAUGGAGAUCGAUCCCAGCCUGGGAGUGUCCGAGCUGCCUGAUGAGUUCUUCGAGGAGGAUAACAUGCUGAGCAUGGGAAAGAAGAUGAUGCAGGAGGCCAUGAGCGCCUUCCCAGGCAUUGACGAGGCCAUGAGCUACGCGGAGGUCAUGAGGUUAGUGAAGGGCAUGAACUUCUCAGUGGUGGUGUUCGACACUGCCCCUACUGGCCACACGCUGCGACUGCUCAACUUCCCCACGAUCGUGGAGAGGGGGCUGGGCAGACUCAUGCAGAUCAAGAACCAGAUCAGCCCUUUCAUCUCGCAGAUGUGUAACAUGCUGGGUCUGGGGGACAUGAACGCAGACCAGCUGGCCUCCAAACUGGAAGAGACUCUGCCUGUGAUCCGCUCCGUCAGCGAGCAGUUCAAAGACCCGGAGCAGACCACGUUCAUCUGCGUGUGCAUCGCCGAGUUCCUGUCUCUCUACGAGACGGAGAGGCUGAUUCAGGAGCUAGCCAAGUGCAGGAUCGACACCCACAACAUCAUCGUCAACCAGCUGGUGUUCCCGGCCUCCGAGCGGCCCUGCAGGAUGUGCGAGGCGCGCCACAAGAUCCAGUCCAAGUACCUGGACCAGAUGGAGGAUCUGUAUGAAGAUUUCCACAUCGUGAAGCUGCCUCUUCUCCCUCACGAGGUCCGGGGGUCUGACAAGGUCAACCUGUUCUCCCAGCAGCUCCUGGAGCCGUACAAACCCCCCAGCAACUGAGAACCAGGGACUGAGACCGCGGACAGACAGACAGACAGACACAGACAGACAGACAGACCCUCACUGAAGAGCACUCAACCACCCCGAGCCCCCCCCCCCCCCCCAUCAACUCGCAAUUCCACUUUCCAGACUCUUUUUCUAACCCGUUUCUGAAAGCAUGUUAACUUGAAACGCCCGCAUUUAGACUAUUUAGAGUAUUUUUGUCCUAACAAAUAAAGUUUAAAGAGAGAAUUUUAAAUAACUGGUCGAUGCUGCCAGUUUUAAAAAAAACCAAAAACAUUCCUCCAAAAAAUUCAAGUGUAAUGAGGGAAUGCAAAAUACAGUGAACUAGUGCUGGGAGCAAGAGAGGUUUUCAUGAUCGAAUAUUCCUUCAAAAUUUCAGUAAAUGUCCUGUAACAUACAGUUUGUACAUUUGGGUGUUUUUAAAAUAAAUUUAAUACCCCAUCAAAUGACCUAUUCCAGCAAGGAGAGUCUCACUCUUCUGUGCAGUACAGUGUGUUUAUUAUCUCAGACCUCGUUCACGCUUCGGUGUCCUUUGCUGGAGCCCUUUUGAUGUAAACGAACCAAAUAUAUUUCAGGCGGUGUCUGUGUGUGAGUGUGCAAGACGGGGAUUUCAAACUGAGCCCGUGAAGGAACGGGGCUGUGAGGAACACUAAACAUUUUAUUGUUCUUUAAUUCUCUUUAUUAAUAAACCCAUUCCUCUUUUUCUCUUUGCUGCUCCUGUCUUCUCUCGUUUAGUUAGUUUUUUUUUAUUAACUAGAAGCUUUCCGUUCUUUGCAGUUAGCAAAUAGUCUGAAAUCUGAAACUGGAACAGUCUGAUGUUUAAUUGAGAAACUGCUGAUUUUGUAAAAAAUAAAAAUCCCUAGAAUCCGAGGUGUAUUUUUUUCAGUGUUAGAAACUUGUCACUCCGUUUCACGAUUUAAAUGUAAUAUUUAAUAAAGCAGAAAAAACGAAUUGAC